AUGGAUUUGCUGUUUGGACGCCGGAAAACCCCGGAAGAGAUGCUCCGGCAAAACCAACGGGCUCUGAACCGUGCCAUGCGAGAGCUGGACCGAGAACGGCAGAAGUUGGAAACCCAAGAGAAGAAAAUAAUUGCUGACAUCAAGAAGAUGGCUAAACAGGGGCAGAUGGAUGCAGUGAAGAUCAUGGCGAAAGACCUGGUGAGGACAAGGCGCUACGUCAAGAAGUUCAUCAUGAUGCGGGCUAAUAUCCAGGCAGUGUCCCUCAAGAUACAGACCCUCAAGUCUAACAACUCCAUGGCUCAGGCAAUGAAAGGUGUCACCAAAGCCAUGGCUACUAUGAACAGACAGCUCAAGUUGCCCCAAAUCCAGAAGAUCAUGAUGGAGUUUGAGAAACAGUCGGAGAUCAUGGACAUGAAGGAGGAGAUGAUGAAUGAUGCCAUUGAUGAUGCCAUGGGAGAUGAAGAAGAUGAAGAGGAAAGUGAUGCUGUUGUCUCCCAGGUGCUGGAUGAGUUAGGUCUGACGCUGACGGAUGAGCUAUCCAACUUGCCUUCAACUGGCGGUUCUCUGAGCGUGGCGGCGGGGAAGAAAGCCGAAGCCUCCUCUGCAGCUCUCGCCGAUGCAGAUGCCGACCUGGAGGAGCGCCUCAAGAACCUGCGGCGGGACUAGCGGGCACGGAGCUUGGCUCUCCUCCCCCUGCCGUCGCCUGGCUCUUUGAAACCCUCCUGGCGUUGGGAUGACUUCUGCUGCGGCAGGGAGCAGGGCCUCGUGGGCUCCUGAGGGGUGUGGCUGUGGGCAGCAUGAGGGGUGGGGAAGGGUUCCAUGGAGCUGUGUAGUGCUCUUGCUCCCCCUCCCUUUCCUUUUUUUUAAAAAAAGGACUUUAAGCAUCACUAGGCGAGGUCGUGGAGGCAAAGGGUUUUCUUUUUCCUGUAUCUUGUCAAUGCCUCCAUUCCACAAGCCUGGGUGGUUUGGAGACUCGAACGAGCUCUCUUCUGAAUGGUGGGGGAAGGUGUGUUUGACAUCCCCUACUGUAACCUCUGCCCAGUCCCUGAUUAUAAUCCCCGCCCCCCUUGGUGGUGACGGUGAUGCGAGAAGAGAAGCACCAGGCAGCACCUUGGCUGAUAAUCUCCUGCUCCCGCGAACGGGGCGAGAGACUCUCUGGCACUUUUCCUGGCUUAAAAGCUUUAUAUACAGCCCUGCUCCCUGGCGUCAGGUGGGCCUUGCCAUUGCAUCUGUCUGUCUCUUGUAAUAAAGGUUGUAGAUUUGUAUUGAA